AUGGACCCAGAAAUUCGUGCCCAGGAGUUGAUACGAUGUGAUCUGUGCAAGACUGAAAUUGUGCUGGUUCUCUGUGAUACAUGUCAUUUCAAACUGUGUAAGGACUGUAUAAUAGAACACACAACGUUUGGUGACUCCUUGAAAAAGCAUGAAAUUGUAAAAUUCACUGUUCGAAAAUCAAUACCACUUUACCCUUUUUGUACUGUUCAUAACAAAGAACAUUGUGAAAUGUACUGUAACCAAUGCGAGAUUCCUGUCUGCAUCGCCUGUAUUGCAUCUGAUCAACAUUCUGGUCAUAAAUUCUUAAAAAUCUUGGAUGUUUUGGAGGAAACGAAACAGAAGAUCAUCAAAGAAAAAAAUGAAUUGAAGGAUUCAAUAUAUCCAAAAUACGAACAAAUUGUAUCUGAUGCAGAAAACACCAUACAACAGUUUGAAAACGAAUGUGAAGGCCUCUCAGCAGCCAUAACAAAACAUGGAGAGGAAUGGCACAGAGAAAUUGACAAAGUUGUCACAAAACUAAUAGCUAAGGUGGAGGAACUGAAAACAAAUCAGCUACAACUUCUGCAGAAACAUCUGGAUGAAAUCAAAAAGAUCAUUUCUGAAAUCAGGGAUGAAAUUAACUCAAUAGAUGAUGUUUUGGAUUCACGGGACUUCUCAAAACUGACUGAUUUCACAUUAAAUGUAGAUAAAUACAGAAAAUUUCCACGACCAAUUGUGCUGCCAUCACCUAAAUUGAUCACUCCUAUGAAAAUCUCAGGAGAUGAACUUUGUAGCCUGUUUGGAAACUUAUCAUUGGGUAAAAGACAUGAAAUAACACAAAAAUUAUCAGAAGCUGUAUCAUCUCCUGCAGCCAAGCUGCUACUUGAUGAACCAGAAAUCAUCGCUACUAUAAACACGAGGUACAGAAUUAAUCUUACAAAUGUGGCCUAUUUGAAUGAUGAAGAAAUCUGGACAAGCGGAGAGGAAAACACCAUGAAAUUAUUCCAUAUAAAUCGGGACUCGCCAAUCAUUUCAAUCAGAACAAAAUCGAGAAACAGGCCCUUUGAUAUAGCAGUAACAAGAGAUGGCAAUCUUAUUUAUGCUGAUUUCAGUGAAGGAACUGUGAAUAUUGUGAAGAAAGAAGGUACAGAUAUUGAAUCUAUAAUCAGAUUGCAGGAUUGGAAACCUUUAAAUAUCUGCAGCACCUCUUUAGGUGACCUCUUGGUUGUUUUGGAAAGUAUUAAUAAAAAACAAUCAAAGGUUGUACGUUUCUCUGGUUCCACAGAGAAAAAUACCAUACAAUAUGAUGAUAAGGGGAAUCCUCUUUAUUCAUAUGGUAAUACUAAAUGCAUUUGUGAAAAUAAGAAUCUAGAUAUCUGUGUAGCUGACUUUAGAGCUGAUGCAGUUAUAGUCGUCAGCGAGGCAGGGAAAUUGAGAUUCAAGUAUGUGCCACAUAUCACUACUUCAAAAAACCAAUUAUUCAGUCCAAGAGGAAUAACCACAGACAGUCAGAGUCACAUCCUUACAGCUGAUAUUACUAUUAACUGUGUCCACAUCAUAGAUCAAGAUGGACAGUUCAUCUGUCACAUAGACUGUGGAUUGAACAGUCCCUGGGGAUUAUGUGUAGACACAAAGAAUAAUUUGUUUGUUGCUGAAUUUAGAGACAAACAAGUGAAGAAAAUAAAGUACCUGAAGGAAAGUUGA